CCCACUUCGGUUACUACAACCUACCACAACGUCUACGCUUCUUGCCCGAAGAUUAUUAUAUUUCUAGUUCCUAGUACUGCCAGUGCUUGCGUACACCAAAUUGGCACCUGAAUGACAAGCUGCAGGAGACACUGACGUUCUCACUCAGUUUUAUCUCAUUCCCUCCUAUGGUCGCGCACAUCACAUCCUCUAUAACCCAUGUCGCUGCAGCACCCACUUCACUCUUUGUCGACACAGAUUUAAACCAACACAUAUCCAUACCUCUGGGAAUUUUUAUCGGGCUGCUCGCAUCUUUCGUCCAAAGCCUUGGUCUUGCGGUUCAGCGUCGUAGCCAUGUUCAUAACUCACAGCUUCCAGAACAAGACCAGAAAGUAGAACACCGCCGACCAUUAUGGUUGAUAGGAUUUGCCAUCUUUUUGAUAUCUAAUGUAUUUGGAUCUUUCAUACAAAUAGCAUCCCUUCCGGUUGUCAUAUUGGCACCCCUGGGUGCUGUUUCUCUCCUUUGGAAUGCCUUCUUCGCUCAUCUCCUCCUCCGCCCACGAAUGCUCCUGGGAACAGCUCUCAUCGCUGGUGGCGCUGCCUUGAUUGCUAUUUACGGGAUCGUUCCUGAAACUACGCGGAGUCUAGACGAAUUAAUGGCACUUUUUGCGCGUCCUGCGUUUAUAGUCUGGUUCUGUGCCGAGGGUUUCAUCCUGCUCGUAUGCCUUAUCGUGACGCACAGUGUUGAAUAUUCUUACAAGAGACAACUAGAAGCUGCAGCCUAUUCAUUGUUGCAGGCUAACCGUGACUCACCCCUGUCGUCUUCUUGCACCUCCGCACAUGAUUCUCCUCUAAACUCUCCCACACCGCUGCCUCCCACGCGCGCACAACAACCAUCUAAUUCAUCUACCGGUCUCACUGGUGAACUAGUCAACGGUAGCUUCGCAUCUGAGGCGACACCACUGCUCGAUCCAAAAUGUGGCCGCCUUCCAUCUACUAAAUCUAAUCUAAACAAUUCAAAAUCUCCAUCACCAUUACAUGUGCCACUCCCAAGCCGAACCCCGCUUCUCCUUGCCUUAGCAUAUGCUGCAGCUUCAGGGACGUUGUCUGGGCUUUGUUUGAUCUUCGCAAAGUCUGGUGUUGAACUUCUUGUCCUCACAUUCAGCGGCGUCAAUCAAUUUUUCAGAUGGGAGGCAUGGAUUCUUGUUGGUGGACUCAUUGUUUUUGCUCUGGGACAACUCUGGUACCUUAAUCGUGGUCUGAGGCUUGCAGAUCCUGCGUUUGUCUGCCCAUCUGCCUUUUGCUUUUAUAACUUUUCAUCGAUUAUCAAUGGUCUGGUUUACUUCGACCAGCUCGGACAACUCCCAGGGUGGCACCUUAUUCUCGUCAUAGUCGGCAUGUUCGUUCUGCUUGCUGGGGUUUGGGCAGUCAGUGCCCAAGCCAACGUCGAUGAAAGUGAUACAGCAACUGAAUCUGACAUUGAAGACCAAGCAGUAUCUAACAGCGGAAGCGCCACUCCCGAAACAAACCCCCCGCCACAUUACCCUGCAUAUGCAAGUACUGGCGUUAGUCCCCGGGGUUCAUCUCUCUCUGGGCCAAUUGCGCCUCCUAUGGACCGCCGGGUGCGGUCGGAGGGUGCUGUUUUACCCCAGAGUUCCGUCUCAUUGCACACCCUCUGUACAACGUCUUCACAGCUUUCACCUCCCUUCACAGCCCACCAGACGGAUAUCUCACCACCCCUACCAGACAGCUCCCGCUCAUCACGUCAGCGCCCUACCGUCAUCGAUCCAUCUGCAUCUAUGCGUACUAUGGCCUCAUCUUUACGUCAGCAGCAAUCGUCGAGCAUAUUGUCUCCAACGGGGUUGACAAUCGGUCUCUCACCUGUCAGCCCUGGAUUCGGGCUUCUCCCUUUGCCAAGAAGAACUUCCAGGCGUAUCGGUGGAAUAGGGCUAGGCUUUGCAGCUGUCGUCAAUGAGAGUAUGUCUUUGGCUGGUACUGCGGGUGGCCGGAGGCGGACUGUGAGCGAGGGACAGGGGAGACGCUCGGGAGACGCUCGGGACAGGGGAGUGUUGAGCGGCCCUCGCGCUGAGCUCUCGCAGCAGGACAUGGAAGAGGGCGGUGGCACUGCCGGUGAAAUACAUAGAACGGGAAGGCGAUGGAUGCGGCUCAGAGACAUUUUCCUGGGACGGAAUGCUAGACCUAGAUGAUUUAUACCACACGGACUAUAUCUCUGUAAUCAUGAUUAUCCUGUCAUUCCUUGAAGAUAUUGGGGCUGCCAAGGUUACUGACUACA